AUGGAAACACCAUUACCAAACUGGCUUGAACUUCCUAGAGAAAUAACCAUCAACAUACUGCAGAGACUUGAUACAGUUGAAAUAGUGACAAGUGUAUGUGUUGUAUGUCCUCUUUGGUGGAACAUUUGCAAGGAUCCUCUCAUGUGGCGCACCAUCGGCAUUAUCUCUCUGUCAUACUUUGACGAACGUUUAGAGAAGAUUUGUCGCUAUGCUGUUGACCGAAGUUCCGGUUAUCUCAAAGACAUCUAUAUUAAGAAAUUUGCUACUGAUGAUCUCAUUAAUCACAUAGCCAACAGUACAAGUGAGUUAAGAUGCAUAAAGCUUGAAGAGUGCCAUGGAAUUUCAAGUCAAGUGUUUAGUGAAGUUGUGAAGAAGCAACCAUUCUUAGAGGAGCUUGAAAUUGCCUAUUGUGAUUUCACUGGAACGGAAUUUUUUGAAUAUAUUGGCCGAUGUUGUCCACUUUUGAAAUCACUGAAAUUUAGCCGUUGUUUUGAAGAAAGCGAUAAGUGUGAUGAUAUUGCGUUUGCUAUUGCAAAAACAAUGUCUACAUUGCGCCACCUUACCAUUAUAAAUAUUGGACUCACUAAUGAUGGAUUGCUAGCUAUUCUUGAUGGAUGUGCUGUACUUGAAUCUCUUGAUCUUCGAGGAUGUCGUCAUCUUGAUUUGGAUGGAAGUUUGGGCAAAAGAUGCAAUGAGCAGAUCAAAGAAUUAAGAUUUCCAACAGAAUCUGUAGAUCCAAAUUCUAGCUGGAUUAAUUACAUAUCCGAAGGUUCUUUAUAUAUUAAUGAUUAUGAUUUUUCUUCGUUACUUUCUGUGUUAGAGGAGAUACCGUAUGAUCCCUCUAAUUUCAUUGAAUUCUAA